AUGACGAAGUUCAUUACAGUCUUGAUUGUAUUCAGCUUUUUGUUUGCUACUCAGUUUUCCAAUGCAAAGGAAUUAGAAAAUUCACCAGAGUCUAUCCACACGGAAGGAGGAGAGGGUUCUGUCAAAAUUGGGGAUUGUCCGGCGGCAUGUGAUGUUCGAUGUUCAGCGACAUCCCAUAAGAGUGCAUGUUUGAUGUAUUGCAACCUAUGUUGUAAGAAAUGUUUGUGUGUACCAUCAGGAACAUACGGAAAUAAAGAAGAAUGUCCUUGUUAUAACAACUUGAAGACCCAAGAAGGUGGACCUAAAUGUCCAUAA